AUGGGACCAAUCUUUAGAUUCCACGUCCAAAUGCCUUUAGCCAAGAAGGGAGAACAGGUAGGAUUAUGACAUUUUUCUCCGCUAAUAGUUUAUUCGGUUAGAUCAUUAAGGCCACAGGUUUCAAAAUGUCCAAAAAGAAGGCGGUUCAUUUCAAAAAACGGCUUAAUAACAAGAAGCCGAAUGUUGGUAUUGGCAUGGUAGAGGAAUAUGCGGAGCAGAUGGAAAUUGUAAGAAUUAAUCAGCUGUUAUUUAAAUUUGUGAUUAGGAUAUCCAUAAGUCAUCUACAACACGACCGAAAACGGACAAAACCACGAAGAAGAGGGUUCUGCGACAAUCCAAAAAGGAAGAGAUGAGGGCAUUUUUGAAGAAGAAGAUCCAAAAAACAAAGGCCAAAAAUCCAGACAAUAUGGACGUGGAAUUAGAACAACCAAAUGCUGAAGCGGAAAAGGCAAAGCCUAAGGUGAAUGCGAAAAGAAUCAAGAAAGCGGAUCUACCCAUUGUUGUUAAUGCUAAGGACAAAAGAAGAGCAAAGGGAAAUCAGAAGGAAUUGAAGGAGACUGGAGUUGUCUCUGCCAGAAGGAUUUCCAAGAAGAAGGCCAAAAAGAUCCUGCAGGCACGGAACAGAGACAUUCGUGAGAAAGAACGGCGGGAGAAUGGCAUGGAGAAUUGA